GCAGUCGUUCGGACGUUUGGGAUGGUGCUUGUCUUAGUGCUGGGGAGAUUUCACAUGCAGAAAACACUUUCUGAUAGAAGCUUUCACCGUUCUGUUGAAGAGCCAGCUGUCACGGCGAGCGCGAACAGUCAACACGUGCGAUAUUACUGAUAUCGACAUGAAAUCAGCACAAAUGAAGGACGCCGAUGAAGUGGGAAGGAUUAAAAACUUAACGGUUGCUGGAAGGUUGACGUUCGAAAAUAAUCUCCAUCUUCGAACAGUCUUCGAAGCCCUGAACGAGCAACGAAAGAGCGCGCGCUUUUGUGAUGCAAUUUUAAAAGCAGGCGACAGAGAGAUCAGAGGACACCGCGCUAUUCUGGCCGCGGCAAUACCAAAGAUUUUAGAAAAUCAGAUGAGCAGAGAAGAAUCCGAGUUUACAGUUGAUCUGGAAGGUUUGAAUCCAAAUGCUGUUGAAGAGUUGGUGGAAUUCGCCUACACAGGCAAAAUCAACGUGCCUGCAGAUCGAGUCUUGAAUGUCUUCCAUGUCGCCAAAAGUCUUGGAAUGAGAGAAGUCCAAGAUUUGUCGGAGCAGUUUAUCCGGGAGAAAGUUCUUCCCUUAGAUUGGAUGGCUGUUAGAGCCUUUGCGGAGAGAAACGACUGUCCCACUUUGAUGUCUGCGGUGGACGAGUUCAUUGAACAGAACGUCGAGGAAAUCUACCACAAGAAAGACUUCUUUCAAUUGCCGCGGCUUCAGAUCGAACUCGCCACCACAAACGAAAGACAGAAAGAAACCAUCGAUUCCGAAAAGCUUUGCAAAGUAGCUAUAAACUGGGCGCAUAAGCAACUAGAGGCUGGAAGUAUUAAUUUAAGAGGAUUGCUGGAGAAGACCCACAUUGUGUUCCUGACUGCAGAUGAUGAAAUGAAAGAGUGUACCAUAGAGGAUCUGGACUCUGGUGAUGAGAAGUCCAAGCUAAUUACAACAGAAGCUCAGCGUGAAUACAUUCGGUACACCUCGCUUGAACAGUUAUCCAAACCAGAGACAAACAGCAGCGAGGAUGAAGAGGAGUUGAUUGUACUGAUUGAAAACAAUAACAACAAGAGGAAAAAUUCGUGGAUGAGUGAGAAAGAUUUCCAGCUGAUUGGUGCUGUUCAAACCAGUGAAAAUGGCUGUGUAGGUGUGGUGACUAUCAGAGGGAUGUUGGUGGCAAUAUCCAUUCACACUCAAGCUCACACAUGCACCAAUAACUCAGACUCUGGGGAUUCAUGUCCUGGAGAGGAGUGGGUACUUGUAGCUCCGAUGAGUAGAGGUCGUUGUGGUGUCGGAGCAGUUGAGCUUGAUGGAAAGCUGUAUGCAAUAGGUGGCUAUGAUAGGGGUGACUGUCUGAACACAGUGGAGCAGUAUGAUUCUCAGUUGAAUGAAUGGAUGCCUGUCACAAGCAUGAACUCUCACAGAGGACGACUAGAGUCUGAAGUAGUCAAUGGCAAGAUAUUUGCCAUUGGUGGCUCCAAUGGACAUACAGAACUCAAUACAGUGGAAACCUAUGAUGAGACUACAAACAGCUGGAGCUUUGCACCAGCCAUGUUGCAGUGCCGCUGCAGUUUUGGAACAGGGGUGAUUGAUGGACACAUCUAUGCAGUUGGGGGCUACCAAGGACCCAGGAACCUUAAAAGUGUUGAAGUGUAUAGUCCAGAGAAAGAAGAGUGGGCAAGGGUUGCACCCAUGAACACUGAAAGGAACAACCUAUGCGUGGAAGCUUUAAAUGGCAAGCUUUAUGCUGUCGGUGGUUACAACGGCUGGACCUGCUUCAACACUGUGGAGUGUUACAACCCUGAAGAAGAUCGUUGGUAUUUGAUCCCACCAAUGAAGACACAUCGCCGUGGUGCUGGUGCUGCAUCACUGCAUGGUAAACUGUAUGUGAUUGGUGGCUCUGAUGGCACUAAUUUCCUGAACAGUGUGGAAUGCUACGACCCUGAUACCGAUGAGUGGAAAGCUGUGGCUAGCAUGAAUACUCCACGCCAUAAUGUUGGGAUAGUUGUCAUUGGAGACUACAUCUAUGCUGUUGGUGGUUUUGGGGGAUCUUCAUUUUUGAAAAGCAUUGAAUACUAUGAUGCCAAGAGUGACAAAUGGAACUGUUUUGUUAAUUCAUGACUGUCAAGCAUUAAGAGCUUUCGCUUGAAUUAUGACAUGCCAGAAAGAAAAUGGUGACAGCAUUUUUCUGAGAAAACUGAAUGGCAGUAACAGGCUUUUUAUUCAAGUUAAGCUUCCACUGUCGAUAAGUAGAAUUAAUAUUUAUUAGUAAGAUAAUUUUACCUGAUUUCGUAUUUUGUGGCAUAUUUUAAAACACAUAGUUGUACAUAUAGAUUUGGUUUGACUUCAGAUAUGAACCAGUGACACUAAACAUUAGAGUUGUGGAUUUACAUAGUCACAUCCCAUUUUGUGUGAGCAUAUUGACAAGUUCUCUUUAACACUAUUCUGGUUUCUGUUGAUUAGUGGUGCAGCUUGUGAAUAAUAACAGUGAGGGGAAUACAUUUUUAAGUUAUUGAAAUUCUUUUCACCUGUCCACAACUUACCUGUAACUAAUGGUACUAGUAAUAGUAAUUUUACAAUUUUCAAUCCAUGUGCAUUUUUUAUUACAGGAAGUUAUAAAAAGAAAUUGGAGCAAGGACAGUAUGAAAUGUGACUAAAAAAAAUCCAUUAUUUUGUUGAAUUUAAGUUUUCCAUAUUUUUUGUUAAUUUUUAUGUUCAUGAUGUCCGUGCAAGCUAACAGAUUAGCUUUGUAAUUAAUUUUGCAUUCCUACUUGUAAUUUUGUGCUCUAAUAUUUUGAUUUCUUAGUUUUAAGACCAUACAUAAUCAGCAACAUUUCUUUAAUACAGUGAUGCAUGUACCUUGCUCAUUGUUAUGCUUAUUUUAUUGGAUUUUUUUGUAAGUUAUGUCUAAAAUGAAACAUCAGUAGAAUAAUGGUUCUUUGCUAUGAUACAACUCAUUGUACUGAAAAUAGCCAUCACAAUAGAUUGUUGACAUAGCAAUGAUGAAUUUAAAAGGACAAAACCGCUUUUGAAUUUCCUUUGGUUUACAAGCGGAAAUUUCUGUCAUCUCAAACAAAUGUUUCCCAGAUUGCAACCCCAGUAUGACACAGGGCUGUCAUUAAUUAAGGGCCAUAACCCUUGUACCUGUUAUGGCCGAGUAUGUUUGAUGGACCCUUGAUGUUUCAGGUGAACUCGCCUCUAGUCGACACUACAUAAAGUAGCAAGUUUGUUACAGGUGUGAAGAUCAAGUUUACAAGGUGAAUCAAAACUUAAUGACAGCCCUGUGACAAGCACCUUCCUCUGUAAUAAACAGAAAUCAUGGAAUGAGGGCUGUACUCCAGUGGAGCCACCACACCUGAAUUUCCUCAGCUAGCUAAGAGAUCUAUCUCGUUAGUUCACAUGCAAUACUACAUUGCCCAUUUUUUGAUGCCCUGCAUUGGUCUUAUCCAAGUUCAGAAAUUCUGUGUAUAAUUUCCAAGCAUUUUCCAUCAAUUUUUAUUGAUUAGUUGAUGUCAAACAUUACCAAACAUAGGGCUAAGCAAGGCUAAGUAAUAGAUUUAACUUCCCUCAAGUCCCUUAAACUUCCUACUGACUAGUAUUUUAGUAUAAUAAUUAAAUAGAAAUAUGGCUAUAAUGACAACCUCGGUGAUUUACAGGUUGAGUGAAACCAGAGACUUGUCAAAUAAGUCAUUUGCUGUUUGUGUAAAGGACAAAAAGUUCCAAUAAUUAUUACAGUAACUCUCAGUUUGUAUACUUUUUUACUAAUUUAUUGUUCCCCAAAGUUAUUUAAUUAGGUAGGCAAAAGCUUUUAUAAGUUUGUUGCUAUAAAGGGAGUGAGAGAUAUAAAUUUUAAAAGACGUGUUCCAAUCUUAUUUGGACUUGUUUGAAAACAACCAUGAUCUGAGUGCUAAAUUAUUUCAUCAUUGAAGUUUAUAAGAAGACAAUUAAAUUAUUGAAGUGUGAAUUGUGAUUUGUUUGUGACAUCACUGUACCCUUCUUUACUUACUGAUGCUACAAAACAAAGUUCACAAGAAAAUUAAAUCCCCACGAUCAACAAAAAAA